UCAGCCUGCGGAUUGGUCGGUAGCUCGAGGCACGUGACGCGUGUGAAGGUGGGGGGAGGAGGCGGAGCCGCUCGGAGCGAGCCGGGGUUGUGGGGAGUUCGCGCGGGAGACAAACGGCAGGGCGGGAAAGAUCGCGCGCGGCUGGAAGAGGAGCCGAGGAGAGAAGACACCGGGAGCCGUUUUUUUUGUAGUGCUUACAACAAUCUCAGCAUCAUGGCGAAGGUGCAGAUACUCAACAUGGUGGUAUUGGAUAACCCUUGCCCUUUCCGUAACCCUUUUCAAUUUGAGAUUACGUUUGAAUGUAUAGAAGAUCUUCCAGAUGAUUUGGAGUGGAAAAUAAUAUAUGUCGGUUCUGCAGAAAGUGAAGAAUAUGAUCAGGUCCUGGAUUCAGUGCUAGUAGGGCCAAUCCCUGCUGGCCGUCAUAUGUUUGUAUUUCAGGCAGACGCCCCAAAUUCCAGCCUUAUCCCAGAGUCAGAUGCUGUGGGGGUUACAGUCGUCUUGAUCACUUGCACAUAUAGGGGUCAAGAAUUUAUCCGGGUUGGCUACUAUGUAAACAAUGAAUACUCUGAUCCUGAGCUCCGAGAGAAUCCACCACUGAAACCAGACUUUUGUCAGCUUCAAAGGAAUAUUUUAGCAUCAAAUCCACGUGUUACACGCUUUCACAUCAAUUGGGAGAGUACAAGCGAGUCAAAGAUGGAAGACAUUGAGAAUGUGGACCCUGCUGCUCACGCUAUGCUUCCUCCACCCUGCGCACCUACAAAGGGUCUUUCUGGUGCACUUAACCCAAUCCCAGAGAACUCCAUGGACUGUAUGUGA